AUGGCGCCAUCCAGAGCAAUGCUUAUUCGCCGCAUAGCCUCCGCGUGCGUACAGCCCCAGAUUCGCAUGCGCGCCAGCACGCGUCUCCUCUCGACAUCAGCGACAGCCGUCAGACCUCAGUGCAUACGUGCGACCGCGGUACCGCGACUUCAGACCACGAACGCACCUAGCCAAGCAUAUAGUACAGAAGCAAGCGGCGCGCCAGAACCCCCGGACUUCUUGAACGAGGCAGAACUGCAUGUCUUCAACAAGAUCAAAGGAGAGCUGGAACCCACAAAACUCGAGGUCCAAGACAUCAGCGGCGGCUGCGGAUCCAUGUACGCGAUCGAGAUCGAAUCAUCCAGAUUUCAGGGCUUGACGGUGAUCAAGCAACACAAGCUGGUUAAUCAGGUGUUGAAGGAAGAAAUUGCACAGUGGCAUGGCGUUCAGCUGAGGACAAGAGCGGCAUAA